AUGGCUGGAGCCCCGCGCGGGCUCGAUCUCACCUUCCUCAGCGAGCAGGAAGCCCGGCAGAUUGUCCAGGUGCUGGAGCGGGAUGCGGAGCUGAAAAGGGCCGAGAAGGACCGGAUCAGCAAACUUCAGAAGAAAAAGCAAGAUGUAACUGGACUACAGGGAGUGACAGGAGAAUGGUUUGAAGAAAUACAGAGAAAAAAAUUUCGGAAUGAAAUUGACGUCAACAGAAUGUUAAAACGACCACUAGCACAUUGGCUAAGAAAGACAUCAAGAACCGAUCCUAAAGAGUUUAAAAUGUCAUCUCCCCAAAAUCCACAAGCACAAAAGAAUGUCUCACCUUCCAUUCUGGGAUUCAGAACUCCUUUUGCGUCACUCUUCUCCUUCAAAAAAUCAAGGAAGCACACUUUAAAGCACCAGACUCGGCAGCAGCCACGAUAUGACAGCUUUGCUCUGGGCACCCAUACAUCUUCCAAAGUUGAGGAAAUGGCACAGGCUGAAACAUGCAACUCAUCUUUACCAGCUGAACUACCUGGUAAUUUAUUUGAUGCAACUCAAGCUGAAAUGAUGGAGGACAGUGCACCUAUAUGGAAUGAACAGCUAGAAAAAGAGUUCUUCCGUGUUCUAGGUGAUCUGGAUGACCAGCUGGCACAGGAACAAGCCCAAGAUUCAGUGAACAGAAAGCAUCUAGAUGACAGUGGACCAAGAGCACAAUAUCUGUUUCCCAGUACAAGCAGACAGACUACUAUUAGGGGACGACACAGAAAUAACUGCAGUGAAACACCCAGCACAUUUUUCUCUGAUGCAACAAGAACAAUAAGAGCCAAAGAGGACCAUAAAAUUUUCUACAGACCAAGGAAAUUUUAUGAUACAUAUAUGAACAGAUGCCAUUCAGCAUCUAAAGAAGAAUACAUGCACAAGGAUUCAUUAGACAGUAGUUACCCUGUUCUGAGCAGAAGGCUGUCUUCUGUAUCUUUUGGAGAGUCCUCAGAAGGUAGCUUGCAUCUUCCUUCCAUAAGACAGAACAGUGGAUUUGGACACAAGAGUUAUAUGGGGAAGGGUACAGUUGGGAGAAGUUACUCUGUGUGUUCUCUUCAGAGAUAUCCAUCUUCAUUAUCCUCUGAGCCAUUUUCAACAACUAGUUUACAAAAUCUAUUGGCAACGGAGAACAACAGUGGAUUUGUAAGAAGGAACAAUCGGCAAACCCCAAAGCGAAUUCCCCUCUCUUCUAUUGUAUGGAAUAAACCAUAUACUUCUAGACGUGCAUCAAAUCAAGACCAUCUUUUUAGGACCCAAUCAUUAAUGGAAUGUAAUGCCACAAAACAAGAUCCAUAUCCUUGCCCUCUGCACGAAAACAGAGAAUAUGAAUUUUACCGGUCAAAAUACCAUUACAGAAGAGCUGUGUCAAGUACUAAUUGGUUUAGUAGCGUCAGUUGCACAGACAAAGCUGCUACUUCACUAUCCUUUGAUAAUUGGGAGAAUUAUCCGUUAUGCGGGUUGGAAAACAACCUCUCUAAGUCCCACUAUAGAGAUCCAGCUUGUCAUGGUAGGUUCCAAAUACACCAAAAGAGUUCUCCUUUUGGAAGAAAAGAGGAGCACCCUUCCUGGUCUGAUAUUUAUCAGUACUACAAUGAUGAAGUGUUUCUUUCCCCUGAUGCUCACUAUGAAAUGAGUACAUCUAAUUUAAAUGACCAGCAAAGUGCACAUGCAAAGAAUGCUAAACUUGCUUCACAGUGCCGUCAGAGUGACUUUCAAACAUGUGUGUCAGAGAACAGAAGCAGUGUGGAGGUAUCAAGUGGUGCAAGUAGUAAACUGCUUUCAAAGAAUUCAAAAGACCCUCAGAGCUAUCUCACUUAUAAAUCUGCAGUUACUUCAACCAGCAUCAAAGCAGAUGUGUCUGAGUCUGUCUUACUGGGUUCAAGGUUCAAAAAGAAAUUGGUAGCAGAGAACAGCAGUUCUGCCACUAAGGUUUCCCAAAGCCAGCCACAGCCUUUGGUUACCCAAAUGAAUAUUAAGAAAGACUUUAAAAAAGCUGCUUCAGACAAGGUCAGAGACUUGGAACUAUCAGGCAAGGCAGACCAGAAAAGUAUUAAAGACAUAAUAUUACAGCCAGUUUCUCAGAAAGUGGAUACAAAAAAUACCACUGAUCCCCAGAUUUCUCCUUCUAAUAACGCUGCUGCCUUGCAAAACAGCACAUCUCUUCUUAAUUCACCUCUCUCACUGAGUUCAAGAAGACAAACCCAGCUCACCGCCACAAGAGAGAUUACAAAAAAUAACAUAUCAAAGAGUUGUAAAAGAAACCUACAAAGAAAGGAAAAUGAUCUUCCUGCUCACAGUGAACUUAAUCAGGCCCCUUCUCUUCUGUCAGCUGAUGAAAGCAGAAGGGGAUCGUUUCUUUCAAAUCUGAAGCAAUGGGAACAUCAUCUGCUUAAUUCAGCAAAAAGAAAAAGCAUUAAAUUAGGAAGCCGGAGAGCAGAAACUACAGAUCAUAUCACUCCUAAGGGAGAGUCUUUCCAGGUAGAUGUUCUACAAAGUAGUGCAUCAGUUCAUUCUGCUCCAAUUACUGAAACGUUGGCAAGCCAUCAAAGCAUAUUGCCCAGUCCUCCCGAACUUUUGUCUCGUGGUGCACAAGGCUCUCUACGAGCCUUUUCUCAUGAGCGCUGUCUGAAACCUUUAGAAACUCCAACUACUUCUUCAGUGAAUUGCAGAGUUACUGAAGCCCCAGCAGAAGGUGGGGAAGUAGUUGAGUUGGCAGGUGUUGUUGCAAAAGAUAUUCCCCAGGAGAAACCCAAAGGUCAAAACGUUUUAGCCAGUACGGACCAUAAUAGUCAAUUAACGACUGGUGGGUCACAAAACAGGAAUUGUGAGGAUAUUUUUGCACGUAGUUUUGACAGAGGCCCAGAGAUUGCUGAACAUAGUUUAAACUAUUUUUGUUUGGAAAGAGAAAAUGGAAAAACAAGACAAAAUGCAUCAUGGAGUGAAAGGCUCUAUAGGCAAGGAAGCUUACUGAGACACACGAAUAGUAGCAGCAUUUCUGGCUCUCCUGGUAAAAGCAACCCUGAGUCUCCGGAGCCUCUUGUCAUUUAUUACACUUUACCUAGAAAAUCAGCUAGCAUUGCUGGCAGUGUAAUGUCAGAUAGGUCCAUCUCUUUCCCUAAAAGCAAAACAGCCACAUGGGAUCAUGUAGAGAAGCAGAACUCAGACAGAACUGCUGCCUUUUCUUUUAAUCAAGGAGAUAAAAUAUCUUCUUUAGGAUCAGCACAUUCCUCAAUAAGACCAAUACCUUUAGAUGGUAUUACAGAUAUCAAAGAAAAUGUCCUGCAAAUUAAGGAUCGCCCUUUGCCUCUAAACAGGAGCCCUAGCCACUCCUUGAGUGGUAGUACAGUUGUCUCUGAAUCAGAGAGAGAGAAACUUGUAAACCAAAAAGAAUCCCCAGUAUUUUCAGACUGUUUGGAAAAGGAAAUGGGGGAUUCUUUGCAGAAAUAUAAAACUGUUAGCACAUUUACCGUUUCUGGUGAUGAGGAUCAUGUCGAAUAUCACGAGUUGGUUUCAAUUUAUUACACCUUACCACGGAGUCAUUCAAGAAUAUUGUGUAACCUCUUUCUAGAUGAUCCAGAGAUCACAGCUUUACCUCUUUACACAGAAAAAUCUAAAUCACCCAAAAUGCGAAACAAGAACUCUGAAGUUCGCAUCGGUUUAGCAAAUGUAGCUUUUCCUAGCACCUUAGAAAAAGAGAGACACCCACAUUCUCCUGAUCAAACUCCUGCAGCUUCAAUGACACCCCAGAAUGCAAAGACAGGAGCUGUUGACACUGAUCAGGAAAGCUCACAUUUUUCUCCCAGCACUGAGAAAGUAUGUACUUCACAGUCAACAAGCAUUGUACAUAAUAAGAAAGAUAUUUCACCAGGGCUUGCAUUAAAAGAAAGCACACUUGUACUUCCUGACAUGGUGACAUCAGACACUUCUAUUCGUGAUCCAGAAUCCACUAAAGAAGCGGAUACUUCCGUUAAGGCAAUUUCUACUGCUUCACACAACCAAAAUAUUGAUAUAUGCUUUUCUUUAGGUAAAGAAAGUAAAGAGAAGGAGAACAUUUUGCAUACUGACACACCAUUAACCUCCACUUUGUCAACCCCCCCAAAACACAAAGACCCUCCAGAGAAUGUUUUUAAUUUUACUUCUGCAAUUAAUACUAAUAGUGUGCAAAACAGAGACUCCAAAAAUUGCCAGCAAUUUAUUAAAGUAAGAGGGAGUAACAAUAAGAAUAUUUUACCACCCCAGUUAGAUAAAAAUAGUUCCCAUGAAGGAAAAAGUCAUAGAGAGUCUGCAGUCAAUAAUACACCAAUAACCUCUGCUGAAAGUAAAUCUAGGCAUGAUGCAGGAGCCAAAGAGAGAUCAGAUUUUCAACACCAAAGCAUUUCCCUAUAUAACAAUAAAUGUACUGGAUUUCUAUUAGGAGCUGAAAGUUCCAGAAAUAGCACAGAUGAAGAAUUAAUUUCUGAUAGAAAAAUGCUUCCAAAUUCACAGAACAAACCAUUUCAGCUAGGCACAGUUUCUGCAGCUAAACCUAUACUUCAACCAGCCAAAAUAGGUAUCCCAGACGCACAUGAUCUAGUGAGCCGCAAAACUAAACAAGAGCAAAUAUCCCUGAACACUCAGAUGGACAAAGAUUGCACUAGUUUGCAGAAAGCUGUGAUGUACAGUGAAGAUAGACAGAGUGUUGAGUCUAAAGAUAAACUCUCCAGUGUCACACAGGAUCUGCAAUUGCUGCAGAGUGCAGUGAGCGAAAAUAAGCGUAUGUCUGAUGGCACUAGAGAGAAAGUCAGUGAUAUAGAAAAAAGGAAAAACAGGCCCUCAGUUAAAAAUGAAGUGGCAGCCAUUUACAAAACAAGCCGAAAAUUUUGUAGUAAAAAUGUAAACCCAAAACCACACGUAACUAAUAUAUUUUCACAGAAUGAUGGAGGUAUCACUUCUUUAGAGAUUAACAUGACCCACAACACAUUGCAUUCCCCUGCUUCUACCCAGCUUUCUCUCCAAACUGGAAAUGAAGACCAGAAUCAAAAUCUGACCCCUGGUGUUUGUGACAGCCCUGUUCACAAAAUAUCUGAGAAGAAUAAGAGAUCACAAACUAAUGAUGACUCUCCAUUGUUAGUUAAAAACCAGAAUCAAGGGCCUUUUGCAAAUUCAUGCAACCAGAGAAGAGAAGUCAACAACCCCAAACAAAACGAGAAUGAAGUGGAAAGCAUGCUGAGCCCCACAACCCUAUUUCCAAAGGAAAUCGCUGCAAGAAGUAAGAAUUCCCAAAAACUUGGCCAGGGGUUGGAAAACAGAAAUCAAACCAUCUUUUCCAGAGCUACUGAAGCAGAUUCAUCAGGCAAUCAAAAGAGAACAAGUACUGGUAGUUCCCAUGAUCCUCUACUGUUGCCAUUUUUAACUGACAAAAACUCAAACACAUUUAUAACAAAUUUGCAGGCAAGUGUCUGUUCACAGAAACAGGCCCUUUCCCCAGAUGAAUGUGAUCAUGAUCAAAACCUCCAUCGGUCAAAGAGUUUAAAAAAUGCAAACCUGCACAGUAAUCAGUCACGCAUGAGUUGUGCAAAGAAUCAACGUGAACGUCACUUUUCUGAAAGCACCUAUACUCAAGAUUCCCAUGACAACCCUGGCUCUGGAAGUAACUGUCUACCUAAAGAAAGCAGGUACAGUAGAAAGUUUAAAUCUUAUUCUGAGCUGUGCUCUAGUGAUGAAAAUGAAAACUGGGCUUCAUAUGAUGAGAGGACCACCACCUACGGCACUAGACGUGUGAUGUAUCCUUCUAUUGAGUUUGGUAUAUUUGGAAAAGAACAACAACUGGCGUUCCUGGAAAAUAUCAAGAGAUCACUCACAGAAGGGAGAUUAUGGAGACCAUGUCUUCUUAAAAACCCUGGCUUUCUGAGAAAUGAAGAGAGUGAUUCUUUAAAGAGGGCUGAGCUCUUGAACUCAAGUUCUGCUAGGAGCAAAAUGUCAGUAGAUGCUUCAUCCCCAAGAGACCCAAUUGACAUCUAUCGAGAAGAACCAAUGGUUUAUUCAGACUCGGACACUGAUACCACCACGGAUGAUGAAUACUAUCUUUGUGAGACUGAUAAAGAAUCAGAACUGUGA